AUGGCCUACAACAUCUACAGCGAAUAUCCCCCGCCAUUGACUGCGGACCAAGAGAAGUACCUCGUCCAGACGGUCAAGAAUUGGUCGAUAGAGCAUGCAUUGGCGGUCCGGCCAUCGAGCGCAAUAGUCUCCGAAGAGGCGAACCCGAACCAUGUGCUGGCCACGAAUGCACCGGUCACUCUGUUUCCUAGUCCGUUUCCCAAGUCGUGCUUCGACCAGGCCCGGAGUCUCCAGCAGGUCUACAACGAACUGUAUGCUGCGGUGGCCAGCGACGAGCAGUGGCUUGAGGAUGUGAUAAAAGAACUGAUCGAAGUAGACGACUUCCUGGCUAAUCUGUGGAAGAUCCACCUGUCCGUCAAAGAGGAAGGUUACGUCCAGGACCUGACUCUAGGGCUGUUCCGCUCCGACUACAUGCUGCACGCCCCGGAGGACGACGAAGCGGCGCCGCCGUCUCUGAAGCAAGUCGAGUUCAACACCAUCUCGUCCUCCUUUGGCGGCCUAGCCUGCCUGGUGGCAGAGCUGCACACAAGCCUCGCGACGUACCCCUCCCCGGCCAAUUCAGUGGCGUACCCUCCUCAUCCUCUCUUUGGCAACUCGAGCUCGCCUGAUCAACCAUCGGCCAUCAACUCCGUCGGCCACCCUCCGACCAAUGCGGCCGUGGCCACACUAACCGCCGGCCUCGCAGCCGGCCACCAAGCGUAUGGGCCGUCCAAGUCGACUCCGCCACUGCCGACGUGCGUCAUCUUUCUCGUGCAGGACGGGGAACGCAACGUCUUCGACCAGCUAGCCCUUUCGACGUUCUUGUACAAGGAACACAAGAUCCCGUCCUUCCGCCUACCCACGAGCCAAGUCCUCGAGUUGACAUCCAUCCCAUCUCCGGACGCAAACCCAGCUCGUCCGCUGAUCUACACCCCGCCGUCGUCCCCGUCGACCCAGUACGAGGUGACUGUCGUCUACUUCCGAGCCUGGUACGCGCCGACAGAAUACGCCGCCUCGACAUCCUGGGCAGCUCGACACCACCUCGAGCGCAGUGCCGCCAUCAAAUGUCCCAGUGUGCUGUUGCAGCUGUCCGGCUCCAAGAAGGUCCAGCAAGUUCUGACCUCGCGACCCCCUGGCCCGGACCACCUGAAGGCCUUUCUUCCCGACCACCCCACCGCCACGCUGGACAACCUCCGAUCGACAUUUGCACCACAGUACUCGCUGUCUUCACCAUCUUCGACUACCACCAGUUCUAGCACGAGCCCCGAGGCCGAGCCGGAAGGGAUCCGCCUCGCAUUAUCCGAAGCCUUGGCCGCCAACCACGUGCUCAAACCCCAGCGCGAAGGCGGCGGCAACAACAUCUACCGCACCAACAUCCCGCCCUUCCUCGGCUCCAUACCCCGCUCUCAAUGGAAGCAGUACAUCUUGAUGGAGCUGAUCCGCCCGCCCCCCGCGGCCAAAAACACCGUCCUCCGUAGCGACGGCCAGGUCGUCCGCGGCAACGUCGUCUCCGAACUCGGCAUCUUCGGCACCUGUCUGUGGAGGAAUCCGCUGCGCUCCGCAAGGCCGCAGAUCCUGCACAACGCCGAAGGCGGCUACUUGCUGCGCACCAAGGGCAAGGAGAGCGACGAGGGUGGCGUCGCCGCCGGCUUUAGCUCGCUGGAUAGCCUGAUUCUGUACGAGGAAUCUUGA